GGUUCCGAAGGAAUCCGAAAUUAGCCGAAAGACUUCUAACCUUAUCACUACAGUUUUUUUAUCAAAAUUAAAAUUUUUUCUCAAAAAUAUCACAAUUUGAGGCGAAUAAAUAAUUAUUUUAAAUCGCACCGAGUUCGCUCGUAUCUUCUUACAGGAAGCUGUAUCUGAGAAUGUGAAAAAUCAAAUUUUCAGAUAAUGAGUUCAGAUUGGCAAAAGGAGGCUAAACGCUGUCAGAGCGAAUGGGCCAAGAUUCUCCACUCUUGGAAAUAUUUCGAAAACGAAGACGAUCUCGUUAAAACAUACCUUGGAAUUUGCCUAUUCGGGUUCGUGGAAAGCGAAGAAAUCGAAAAUUCAUCGCUUCGCAAGUAUCAUCUCAAUUACAAAGAAUCUCAACGUACCCAUAUCGAUAAAAUCUUCGCUCAUUUGGUCUCAUUGAGCGGCCAUCAAAUAGAACUCGGACACACUUUCUUAUACCUGAACGAGAACUGCAUCGUAUACUGCGUAUUCCGGUUCAGAAUAAAGAACAAAAUCUUCUUCAUCGAACCCAACGGCCGCUUUUACAACUCGUGGGUCCAUUUCCUCGAUACAAACGAACUCCCAGCUUGUCAGUUUCUAGCUCCUAAGAACGGAGUUUAUGGAAAACCCGGCGAACUGAAUGAAAUAGUCUGCUAUCAAACUUCCGGAUCGAAAAAGUGGUUCAGUAAGAGCCUAUCAAUUAUGGACUGGGUUUGCGCAGUAGCUGGAAUCGGUUGCACGUUACUAGGAGUAUUUUCACUCGCUCCAGGUGUCGCAGCAAGUGCAGCUAUCACAGUCGGUGCGAAAAACAUGCACAAAGCUGUGUCUAAUUUCUUAGAUCAGGAAGAACAUCGGCAACUGAACGCAUUAGGAUCUGUGAAUGGUGCCAUUUCAUUGGCUACCGUUACCAUGUCAGCUUUAUCCGGAGCUUCGAAAACGUACGAGAUGAUUUCACUGGCUGGUGAACAUGGUAUCCUGUCAUUGAAAAUUUUACAGUCGUUGAAUUUCACUAAUCGUCUUAUCGACGCCGGAUAUUUCGGUACUUAUUUAUUGCAUCUAUCGUGUAUUGCUCGAAAAGGACGUGUAUCGGAUGUCGAUGCUUUAGAACUAGCAGCUCAAAUAUUCAUUUUACACGGAGCUGUAGUCGACGUAAAGCAUCUUCACGGUAUCAUCAAUUGCGAGAAAAAAAUUGCCAGGAACGAUUUAGCUUGUGGAUUCAACGAAUGGAAAUAUAAACUAAAUAAAAGCGGCGUUCACGUUAAAGAUUGCCAUCCUCUCGUUGGAUUAAAAUUAUUAGCGAACAGAUGCAAAAAUCCAUUGCAGAUUUUAUCAAAGUUUUACUCCCGAGAAGAGCUUAUUUUAAAUACGUGUUUCGAUUUGGAACACUUUACUCUCGAUUACUUAUGCGAUAAAAUUUCCAUUAAUCAGUUUUGUUCGGAAAUACGACCGUUAUUCGUGAAUUUUUCGUAUUUUCACAACAAUUAUUACGAAGAGCUUACGAAUUUGGUGCGUUAUUUUGUCGGCCCCCUUGUAAACGAAGAAAUUCCAGAAAACGAUUACAAAGAUAUCUGUAAAUUACUCGUUUACGCUACAUCGGUGAUUAAAAAAAUUGAACCAGAGAGUGAUCCGAUUCCGGUGGAAAAAAUCGUAGAAAAAAGUGCCAUCGAUGUAUCAGAAUCCGACUCGGAGACGACCGAAAAUUACAAAAUAUUAAUAGACGCCGCUAAAUCUCUCGUCGUAAAGAAAAAUAUCUACGUGAGCAUUGAUCAAGUAAUAAAAUCCUGCCACGAUUCCAUUCUAUUCACUACCACCAAGUUGAGUGAAAUUAUUACCGAAGCUUAUAAUUCCAUGGUUGAUUUUAAUCGCGGAGUCGUCGGCGAAGAUAGACUGCAGAUUAUACUCGAACGUGUCCACGCCUCAACAGUGGAUGAAUAUUUCCAUCACGAUGAAGCUUUUAAAAACUUCGUGAAAAAAUUCAAAACUGAAACCGAGUCUCUACCCGGGCACGAAUUUGUCCCCGUGAAUCCAUCUAAACUGCCCGACUACGAAGUCGAAGAAAUCAGCGAUAAAGUAAUGAACCUUUACGAAUCGGCUUAUUCGUUGCAAACACGAUCUAAAAAGCUUAGUUUACAAGACACGAUGAACACGUUACAGAAAAUAUCUGCCAACUGGAAUGAAAAAUUGGAUACGAAAAUGAACACCCCUUGCCUCGUUCCUGCUGCGAAUGCAACUUUAUAUUCUCAACUGAAUGCUAGACUUGCAGAAAUGAGCGUAGACGAAUCUAUCGAUAUAGCAACAUUUCGUCGAAGUUUGAAAGAUCUGGAAUCUGAUCUGAACACUGUUUCGGAAUUUCAAUCGUUCGGAGAUUAUAUUUUGAUCCGGAAUCACGUUAAAUUAGAACGAAGCGACUCUCAGUUAUGCGAAGCUUUGGUCAUCAUUUGUAGUAAUUUUUAUUACAAAAUUGCCAGUGCUUUGAACGAUGAACAAACGAGCAAAGUUUUAUUGCUUAGAAAAGUUUUUCAUUUUGUUAUAAGUAAAUUUCUAACAAUAAUGGAUACGGAAGUGAAGGUUUUAGAGAACCAAGAUGAUAGCAGAUCUAUUUUUUCUCUCUAUCCUAAAUCUCGAUUUUAUUCAACGAUUCUGCGUUUCGACGAUAUUGAAUAUCUCGACAAACUGAAACCAGAGUUUGAAAAUUGGCCUUUCGACAAUGUUUGGUCGUACGAUAAAAUUGAUAUCUGGAAAGGUAUCAUCGAUUCAGAUUUAUUUCAUCUUCGAGUCAUUCGUUGUACGAAACAAGAUUGCAAAGAAUUUUAUAAAUCAAUUUCAUCGGAAUUGUUCGAUAUCACCGUUGAUCACGAAUACGAUGUUUUAAUAAAUGUUAGUUCUGUGUUUUUAAAAUCUUUGAGAAAGUUUAUAAUAUUUAAUUACGUUAACGAUUGUGAUGUUAUUGUUACUUCGCUUAAUUUAAAACUGAAUAUUUGAAAUUUCGACUUGAAGCAUCUUUACCAUACCUAUCUACUCGUUAUUCGAUUUGAAAUCGAGUUUUAUUGUUUUAUGUAUUUUUUAUACUGUAGUUUUUUUGUAUAUUGGUGAGUUUUGUGGUGUACCUAUUUUGUAUCUAUUACAUUUCUACGUUUUCA